GGGCACAUCAGUCGAUGUUACCACGAGCCCAUCAAGCAGCACCGCGCUCCAGUUCCGCGGCGACAUACAAGAAGAUUCAUCGUACAACCCAUCACCAACUGAACGUGGAAGAAUCGCAAGUGAAACAUCAGCUGGUUAUACAUCUUGGUUAUCACCCGGCCAAGCCGACGAUUUCCGAACCGAAUUCUCAAGCGAACGCUCCGUCGCGCCCGCGGCCUCUACGUUGGCGAUUGCCACGAACCAUUCAGACCAGUUCUCGACGGGCUCGGAAGAGUCACCCGCGAGGGCCCAACCCGAACUUGUCGUCAGCCGCAGUGUAAUUCCAAAAGCCUCGCCUGGCGGUUUGCAAAUAUCAUUUGGUGAAUCGUCCAAUGUCCAGCCCGCAUAUGCAACUGCUGGCGAGGAUACUAUGGCCCUUGGAUCAGGUGCAUCGUCUACCGCGCUUGCGUGGCCUGGCGUUUCUGAUGCUAGAAUCCUCGAGGAUCUCGGGAAUCACAACAGCCUGCGUGCUCAGCAACCUCGUGGCGAAAUUGCAGCACACCAGCAAUCGAUGGCAUCUCGGAGCGACAGCGGAAUUCAACCACUGUCGCCCCUUCUCCAACAGGCGAGUUCGUCUAUGGAGGAUACUCGCGCCAUUGGCGCCCGUGUUGCUCUGGUUACAAGCCUCCGCCAAGUCCAUACUACACAGACCACUGCCGCGAUAUUGGGUGCCUUGUUGAUUGGCGCCACGUUCGCAAGCAUGGUUGGGUUUUCUGCCGUGUUCUCUUUCGCUUCGAUUGUUCUCGCGAUAAGGUCCGGCCUCCAACGUUCUUCGAUCCUCCAAGGAACCAAGGCGUCUUUCGCGACACCAUCGAUAAUGUCGACAAUGUCGAGUCCAAGAUCCAGAGAGGAUUACCAGCGGGUGGAGGUUCCUCACCUACGGAAAGACCAACCUUUGGUGUCGGGACACUUGUUGUCUCGUCUCUCCUCCCGUUACUCUUCUUACAUCAACGGAGCCAUGGCUUCGGCCGUUGUUGCCCCCUUGAUGAGCUAGAAAAGGCAUUCUCGCAGAUGCGGAGGAUGUUUGGAGAGUUUUGGGCAUCUCAACCACGUGUUUUUUCUACAAGCCAACUGGCUAGCGAUACCCUUUUGCCUGGAUAGAAUUGGUGUUUUUUAUAGUGCUGGGCAGGAUUUGAUUUUCCAUGCGCCCAUUUGGUGUAUCAUAAAGCAUAGCGUGGGAUCCAAACUAGCCAUUUGGCCAAGUUUUCAAAAUAAAAUACUACUAGGCCAAAAGCCUAGAAUUUUUUUU